GCAAAUCGGAGAUUACGAAAGUUGCUGGGUGGGAUCUGAACUAACGUGGCUAUGUAACACGAACUAUAUAAACAGUCAUUUCCAGAGUAAUAUGAGCACGUAUGUGAACAGCGGACUUACUUAGCCUUUCAGUUUCACGUAACUAGCUUCACGUAAUAUUGUCGACGACACUACGGGUAACGUUUGUUUUUACCACCUUGCCGUUAGCUGGCUGGCUAACGUUAACUGAUAUGGCUACUCCCACUACUGAGACUUUGACUGACACAUGAGAGUGUUGAGCGGUGACGGUCACGACAUUAAGAUGCCCUUAGCCCAGGCAUGACAGCUGACACUGGUGGGAGCAUCGGCACAAUGGAGGCACCGGCCAGAACCGCCGGCUUCAACUUUUCCUAUGAGGAGGGGGACCAGGACUUCUCCGCUCUCUCCACCGCCACCAUGUCCAUUGACAAGCUCCUCCCGGCUCUCCUGGAGUGCUUUGGGAUAAUAUUGUGUGGGUAUAUCGCUGGGAGGGCAAACAUCAUUACAUCCACUCAGGCUAAAGGACUGGGGAAUUUUGUGUCCAAGUUUGCCCUGCCAGCGCUGCUGUUCAAGAACAUGGUACUGCUGGAUUUUGGAAAUGUCAUCUGGCCCUUCCUCUGGAGCAUCCUCAUCGCCAAAGUGUCUGUGUUUGUCCUCGUCUGCGUCCUAACAUUGAUAGUUGCCAGUCCUGAAAGUCGCUAUAGUAAAGCUGGGCUCUUCUCAAUAUUUGCCACUCAAAGCAAUGACUUUGCUUUGGGAUAUCCUAUUGUUGAAGCCCUAUACAAGAGCACGUACCCAGAGUACCUCCAGUACAUCUAUCUGGUUGCGCCUGUCUCCCUAAUGCUCCUAAAUCCCAUCGGCUUUGCCUUCUGUGAGAUCCAGAAGUGGAAGAAUCAGGGAAACCACCAGCAGAGCAAACUUGUGAUCGUGGGACUAGUAGUGUUAAAGGUCCUGAAGAACCCUAUAGUGUUUAUGGUUGUCAUCGGCAUCAUCGCCCACUUUGUCCUGCACCAGACUAUCCCCGCCUUCAUGGCUGAAUUUGUGGAUGGCUUGGCCAACUCUUUUGGGGGAGCGGCUCUGUUCUACUUGGGUCUGUCCAUGGUGGGCCAGUUGAGGAAAUUGACCAGGUCCACCGUUGUGACGCUGAUAUUACUCAUCACAGCGAAGUUGUUGCUGAUGCCCCUGAUUUGUAAAGACAUGGUGGAUUUGUUGGACAAUAGCAACACCAGCGCUGUCAACCACUCAAGCCUCUCCAAUUAUGCCUUUCUUUAUGGAGUGUUUCCCACUGCACCAAGCGUGGCUAUCUAUGCUGUGUAUUACAAUGCAGAGCUGGAAGUUGUUACCUCUGGGAUGGUGAUCAGCACUUUCCUCUCAGCUCCAAUAAUGUAUGUUUCUGCCUGGCUGCUUACAAUGAGCUCGAUGGAUCCUCAGCUUCUGAUGAAUUCACUGCAGACUGUCAGCUUUAACAUAAGCAUAGUGAGCUUAGUUGCGUUGGUGGGGACGAUUGCAGUCAUGUUUUUAAGCAAGAAAUUCAAAAGGAUACCUCACAUGUUUACAGUCAAUCUUUUCUUGGCACAAUUUCUAACUUGUAUUGGAAUGAUCCUGUGGAACUUCGUGGUGAAGGAAGACACCUUCAUCGGACAUGCCCUGACUUUCACGUUAUUGUGUACCUCACUCUACAGUACUUAUGUGUGGCCAGGCUUAAUAGCACUGUCACUUGUGCUGAAGAAAAGUUUUGAGGAUCUGAAAGUUUCACCAGGCAUGUUGGUCAUGGCAGGCUGGGGGAUUCCAGCCUUAGUAACUGCUGUGUUGCUUAUUUCUGGGGAAAAAAUGUCUGACACCAUUGACCCAUCAUACUUUUACGGCAAACCUCAGAUUAUCUGCACCACAGUAGUAGUUUCCCUCAGCAUACUGCUGGGAGGGGGCUGUCUGGUGUGUCUCAGUAGAGGAAGCUGGGUCCAAAAUGACCAAAUCCAAGAGGGAAACACUGUAGAGGACCUUGUGAAUGAAGUCGAACCAGAAAACCAGACUCUGUUUGAGCCAGUCACCCCAUCAGGAGAUCUCAACAGAGCAUGCCUCAUAUGUGACUGUGCACCACCCCAGCCCAUGCCUGACAUGAUCAUCAGCACAAAUAUGAACAACACACCAAGCACACUCACAGGUCAGUGUGAGAACAGGUGUGAGUCAACAGACUGCCUGCUUGUCCAAGUGGAGGAGCUCCAACAGGUUGCGGAUAGACAAGUGGCACGUCAUGUGCUGUUAUGUCUGCUUCUGACUGUCAGCUUGCUUGCUAACUUGUCCAACUGCCUGUGGUUACUCUUUAACCCAAAGCCUGGUAGGCUUUACUUGGAGCUGCAGUUCUUCUGUGCUGUGGCCAACUAUGGACAGGGUUUUCUCUCCUUUGCUCUGUUUGGACUGGACAAACAUUUGAUUAUACUGCCAUUUAAGAGGAGGUUACACAGACUGUGGUAUGGAAAGAGGCAAGACGAGCAACCGCAGACUGAUCUACCUGAGGAAAUCAGGAUCACCUGCACCCAGUUCACCAAAUACCACAAAGACCAGUGUUUUCGUGACAUUGUCAAAAAGAGAAGGUGUGGAAUGAGGACUCUGGUGGACUGUUUUCUUGGCUGUGAACUAGUGGAGUGGCUCCAGCAGGUGGGCUUGGCUCAGGAUCAUGGUGAGGCGGUACUCUACGGGACUCGGUUACAGCAGGGUGGUGUGCUUCAGCACAUCAAGCAGGAAUAUGACUUCCAAGACAGUCAACUUCAUUACCAUUUCAUCACAUAAGGCCCAGGGGUAAAAGUUGACAUUUCAUUUAUCCCAAAGGUAAAUGGCAUUUCAGUUAAUAAAUAUGACUGAAAUACAUCUUGAGAUUUGACAACUGGAAGAACAACUCCCAUCAAUCUAUCUACACCCGGUUUGACCUGCCAUCUAGGCAGUUGCUGCAUGUGCUGUUCACACCCUGUGCACUAUAGCACUCCACAAUGCACUAUGGUGCAAAGAAACUUCCUGGUUGUGUGUUGGGACAGACCACACCUGACUGUGACGUUGGGUGUGUUCAAAAGUGCAACACACUUAAACCUUUCAAACCUUAAAGGUCUUUGAGGGAAUUAGCAGUGUAAAGGUUAAAUGAAAAGUAAUUUAUUAAAAAUCUAGGUCUUAUUUUUGCAAUUUUAUAUUUAACAUUUUACUCAUCUGGUUAAUUGUUGAGAAUUUGGAUUGUGGCAAAAUUGCUAAUAGUCACAUGAUAACAUACAUAAACCCCUCUUUUAGCCAUAUUAUCAAACUACUUAUUUGGAGAAGAGACCGAAAGUGGGCAAACCUGAAAUUGUGUUUAUAAUCCUCUCAUGAUGCUGCAUCCUUUAAUCUGCAAUGAAGCUGGAGAGUAAAAUAACAUAAUUGAUAUGACUGAUGGCCAAAACUACAAAAAUAAGACCAUGGUUUUUCAUUUUUGAGAAUAACAUCACUGAUAAAUAUUAUUAAUCUAAAGGGAUUAAAUAAGACUUUGCUGCUUUUGUUGAUAUUUUGCAUAUUUUUUAUGCUAGUUAAUACUUGCACUUAAACUUUCAAUAGUUUUAUUUUGUGACUUGAUAUGAGCAAUAAUGUGCAAGGUGUCCUCAUAUAGCAAAUGACAGGUAAAGGCAAAAUUUUCCUAUCCUCUGCUUAGUGCAGAGGACAUGAAACACCUCAGAGUUUAUUAUCACUCUUCUACCAAAGCCAAAGAAAAAGGGGAAGAUGUGGUUGAAUCUUCAUCCAUUUAAGAGUUUGUUUAUAUUCAGUUUAACUUAUGAUUAAUUUAGUUUUACCAGGUGGUUAACUUUUAAUGUAACAUGUAUUGUUGCUUUGGUUACCUGUUGUUUAACAUGACUUG